GGGAAGAUCUCGUCUGUAACUCUCCCAGCAUAGACGUAUUUAGUGCAGAUUGUAGACCGGACAAAUUACUACGAACGAUCGUGUGUGCUUGUAUGCAGAUAGCGCUUGAAGAUGCGGUGGCAAGUUGGUGCUUUCUUCAUUCUGCUAGUUACCUUCGGAGAUACUGUGAAGGGCCAUGCUAUUAAAGGAAUAGAGUCCGUCGAGAGUUGGGAUAUACCCAACGCAAACACAUAUCCAAACGUUGUAAGUAUGCAGUGGAUGCAUGUUAAAAGUUGUACCGACGAGUGCGUGCCGUACUAUCUAUGCAAAGAUAACGAGAUCAUCGAGGACGGUGGAGGUGUGAUAGAUAUUCGAUUUAGAGCUGGACCUGAAUGCCCUCACUACUUGGAAACAUGCUGUAAGGCACGCUCCGUGCUAGAUAGACCUCCACCGGGCAUUAUCAAACCAUCCGGGAUAGAGCCAGACCGUCCGUCCUGUGGAGUGCGCAAUGUAAAUGGGCUCAGUUUUAGCGUGACGGGUGCCGAGGAUGGUGAAUCUCAUUACGCUGAGUUUCCUUGGAUGGUGGCCGUAAUGAUAUCAACUCCAAUGGACAAUAGCGACAGUAGCUUGAAUGUAUACCAGUGCGGUGCUUCAGUGAUCGCUCCGAACGUUGUCCUGACGGCGGCCCACUGUGUGUUUAACAAGCCGAAAAAGCAGCUGCUGCUUCGGGCCGGCGAAUGGGACACGCAGACACGCCACGAGAUAUACCUGCAUCAGGACCGUCGAGUGGCUGAGGUCAUCUUACAUGAGGCGUUUGACAACGAAUCAUUGGCGAACGAUGUGGCACUGCUAACCCUCGUCGAGCCGUUCGUGCUGGGAGAAAACGUGCAGCCGAUCUGUCUGCCGCCGAGGGAAACAUCGUUCGACUAUCAGAACUGUUUCGCUUCCGGCUGGGGUAAGGAUCAGUUUGGCAAGGAGGGCAAGUACCAGGUGAUACUGAAGAAGGUCGAGCUGCCGGUCGUACCGCACGCUACCUGUCAAGAGACAAUGCGAUCUCAACGGGUUGGCAAUCGGUUUGUGCUGGACCAGAGCUUCCUGUGCGCUGGUGGCGUGGCCGAGCAGGAUAUGUGCCGUGGUGAUGGAGGCUCUCCGCUGGUGUGUCCGAUUCCGGGAUCGCCCACCCAGUACUAUCAGGCGGGCAUCGUGGCGUGGGGACUCGGGUGCGGCGAGGAUGGCAUCCCCGGCGUCUACGGCAAUGUGGCGUUCUUCCGCGACUGGAUCGAUCAGCAGUUGAUGGAGAAUAGUAUUCUAGCACGGGAUUAUUACACAUUCAAAGCUCAUUAAAAACUCAAGCCUCUUGAACCAGAAGAAGCAAUGUUGUUACAAGGCAACGGAACAACAUUCAAAGGGUGUAUAAUAAACAAAAGAGGCUCACAGAUGAGACACAAUCUUCAACAUACAAGCUCCGAUAUGUUUGUUUUCUUGUUUAAUCAAAAUGGUUGUCUAUGUUUCACUCCUGGUCCUUUCAAAGAACAACAAAAGAGUAUACUCAUCAAUGUCUGAAGAUAGUAAGCCUACGCGUGGUAUAAGGAACUGAUUUAAUAAAUCCUCAAAGUCGUAGUGUAGUACAUGCAGCUAUUCCAAAAUUUGUUUGUUUGAUUUCAAUCCUUUACUCUUCUUCUUCCCCUCAAUUGUCAGCAUUGCUCUCUAUCUAUUGGGACAAUUAGAUUGGAAAGAAUUAAUCUUAUUCUCCAAAAAGUGGACCGCCGGACAAUUCCUCAGAGCGCGCUCUGUCACCUAUAGAAUAAGACAUCAGACUCGAACAAAUGUAUAGAAGUGUCUUGUUCGAGAGUGUCUGUCGGGUACACCUUCCUAUAAGUUUGAUCGAAUCCAA